GCCCACAAUGGAUGGAGUGUGUCUUACACUCGGAAGCAAAUCUGUAUCUUGAAAGGUUCAUCGGUGGACCUAACCUGCUUUUACACAUAUCCCAGUGGAUAUUUAGUCACAUCAACAUUCUGGUUUAGUGCCAAACAAAGUGAUAGGUGGAGAGAAAAUUUGAUCCCAGAGGACCUAACAGAAGACUCAGGGUAUUCAGGUCGUGUGAAGUACCCUGGAACAGAAAGUUGUCACUCCACUCUGAGAAUCACAGACCUGAGAGAGGAAGACUCAGCUGAGUAUCGCUUCUCGUUUCAUAAACAGACUUCAGAGUUGGGUUAUAGCUUACCGGGAAUAGCUCUUUCCAUCACAGGCCUGCAGGUGAAGGUGACCGGAAGUCAGAAACUGACACUGACCUGUAGCACCACCUGCCCUCUGAGUGACAACCCCACCUAUAUGUGGUACAUGAAUGGACAAUAUCUACAAGAAGACAUCUUUCCCUGGUACCGAUACUUAGUCAGCAGUAAUUAUGCAGGCAGCUACUCCUGUGCUGUAAAAGGCCAUGAGAAUCUCCACUCUCUUGCAGUGUGUGUUCACGGUCACAACUGUCAGAGUGUUACUACUGUCAAUAGAAAUGUGUGUGCCUUAAAGGGGACAUCAGUGGACAUUUCCUGCACUUACACAUAUCCCAACAACCCCCAGAUCAGUAAAGCAUUCUGGUCUAAUACAUGGAGGACUAAAGGGGAGCCUGAAGAUCUGAGCCAGGACCCAAAGUAUGUGGGUCGUGUGGAGUACCGUAUUCCUGGAAAUAAGGAGAAUGACUGUACCCUGAGAUUCACAGGUCUGAGAAUGAGUGACUCAGCUGAGUACAGGUUCAGGCUCAGAACCAUUUUAGGAGGGAAGUUUGCUGGAACUCCUGUAUUGCUGACUGUCACAGAUGUCCUAUUGGAGUUGGAUCCCACAUCUGUGUCAGAAGGGGAGAGUGCCAUACUGAGAUGUAGAACCAAAUGUACACUGGGUCCAAACAAAGCCUUUAUUUGGUAUAAGAAUGGACAGCCUAUACCAAACAACUAUCCACACUCCAACAGCCUGUACCUAAACCCAGUCAGCAAUGACAAUGCAGGCGGCUACUUCUGUGCUGUAGAUGGCCAUGAUAAUCUCCACUCUCCGGAAGUGACUCUCACAGUCAGAUACAAACCAAAGAGCACCUCAGUGUCAGUCAGUCCCUCUGGUAAGAUAGUGGAGGGCAGUUCAGUGACUCUGACAUGCAACAGUGAUGCCAACCCACCUGUACAGAAUUACACCUGGUUGAAGAGAAACGUAACUUCACCAAAAGCUUCAGGGCAGAGUUAUACUAUUACUAAAAUCAGCUCUGAAGACAGUGGAGAAUACUACUGUGAGGCACGGAACAUUUUAGGGGGAGAGAAUUCCAGUCUCAUUCCUAUUUAUAUUCCUGUUGCUUUAAUUUGGGCUCCUGUAGUGGGGGUAGGGAUGGGAGCUGUUUUGGCUGCUGCAGCGCUUGUCUUCACCUACUGCAUGCUGAAGAGAAGAUUCAGAGGAAGUGAUCAUUCCAUAACGGACACACACAGUAUCCAUGUCCAUCCUGACCCUAACAGUGACACGUACACAGCUCUGAUCAACAUCAAGUCCCCUGAAAAUGAAGAUUUAAGGGGCACCACCAGUGACACAUACACAGCUCUGAUCAACAUCAAGUCCCCUGAAAAUUAAGAUUUAAGGGGCACCACCAGUGACACGUACACAGCUCUGAUCAACAUCAAGUCCCCUGAAAAUGACAAACAGGAAGGUGUAACACACACAGACCUUCAGAGAGAGGAUCAAAUCCCAGUGUAUGAGACCAUCCUGAGAGUAGAACCACCACAGAGCCUGGACUGAAGGCAUUUGGCAGAGACCUAUGGUAUCAAAGCAACCUAGACCUCACAUACGCUCUUGCUAUUACUGUACAUUAUAUAGAUUUCUUUGGGAUGAGGUUAUUGAGCUUUAAUUUAUUAUUCAUUAUUCAAAUUAUUAAAAGCUGUAAUUGAAAUGAUGUAUUAAUAAAUGGACAACUGUCCCAAGAUUAUGCUUCUGUACUUUCCCUAAAGGAUUUGCUUUUAUCGUGUUAGAAGUUAUUUAUUUUGCUGCUAUCAGAGAUAAAUGUACCUUACUGAAAAAAUAUGUAAAAU